AUGACUGUUCCAACACCCCCAAUUGCUCGCUUCGACGCAACUGACCCUUCAACCACCAUCGACAAACUGGUCGAGGUGAUCAAGCGUGAUGGAGGUGUCAUUGUCGAGAAGUUGAUUACCCCCGAGCUUGCAACUCAGAUCAGCAAAGAUCUUAAGCCUGCCUUUGAUACCGACAUCAAGGACAAAUAUGGUUUCUUCCCCGAGACCACUCAGAGAGCAACAGGGCUGCUUGGUUUGUCUGAGGCUUGUGUUGAACUCGCUUGCAGCAAAAUCUACAAUGAAGUUGCUCAGGCUGUGUUGCCGUCGACUUACUCUUUCUGGAGGGGUGAUCACAAGAAGUCUGUCAGCGGCAAGCCCAUCAUUUCUUCCACGGCUGGAUUCCGUGUGAACCCUGGCGGAACCCAGCAGGUUCUCCAUCGAGAUGACAACGAUUACUACCGUCACAACACGGAUGAGCCUCUGAUGAUUGGCUGCGUCACAGCCUUGACCAAGACAACAAAGGAAAAUGGCGCCACGAUAUGCAUCCCCGGAUCGCAUCUAUGGGGUCCUGAUCGGAGGCCUCUGGACGAAGAGGCGGUUCCUGCUGAGCUGGAGAUUGGGGAUGCCCUUAUCUUCUUGGGCAACUUGUACCAUGCGGGUGGCGCCAACACAACCAAGUGCGUCAUAACGGAUGAUUACCGAGAGACUGUUGGAAUAUUCCUCUGCAAGCCAUACCUCCGCCCGGCGGAGAACCAGUUCCUCAUGGUGCCGUUGGAAAAGGUGAGGAAGAUGAAGCCGCAGGCACAACGUUUGCUGGGAUACGGCCUCUUGGAACCGGGAGUUGGCUUCAUGAACUACCAGGAUCCCAUGAGAGUAUUGUUUGGAGUUGAGGACGAAGAAACGGUCAACAUGUGA